ACAGAUGACGAAAAUGGUGGACAGCGCAUCUUCGGUCGAGAUCGUAGAAGGCUGCCGCCUUCCCGUUCUUCGUAAAAACCAAGAGCACGAGGACGAAUGGCCAUUGGCUGAGAUUUUAAGCGUGAAAGAAGUGUCUGGGAGAAAGCUAUACUAUGUUCACUACAUUGACUUCAACAAGCGCCUGGAUGAGUGGGUCACAACAGACAGGCUGGACAUUAAGAAGCUUCAGUUUCCUAAGAAAGAAGCUAAAACGCCAACUAAGAAUGGGCUUUCUGGCUCCCGUCCCAGUUCACCAGAGAGGGAAGUGGUGAGUGAAAGAAAGGAAACAAACACUGAAGCAGCUGUGCAGAAGAAACAGAGGAAGAGUCUAGAUCUCAACGUUCCAUCUGCCACAGCUCCUUCCAGAGGCAAAACCCUCCCCACUCCGGGUGAAUGCAAGCUGAAUGUCCACCACCCGUGUGUGCCGCAGAAGAGGAAGGUAGAGAGCGUCCCUGUGGCAACUCAGGUGCCCCCAGCCGCCCCCGUCCCCUCUCUGCCGAGUUCAGCAGAAGCCACUCAGGCAGCCGUUUUCCCUGCAGUGAGAGACACCAACACCUUUAAGGCCAGAGAAGACCAUGAACAGCUCGCCUCACUCACAACGAACGGCACCGCCCGACGCCUCAUCCCCCCCCAGCCUGGAAGAAAGAGGAAAGCUAACUGUGGGGGAACCGACGAGAUGAUAAAGGUUUUGCAGUAUAACAAGCCUCAGAGUGCCAGUGUCUUUCUACCACCACCAGAGGAUUCUCAGGACAGUUCUGACGGCAUCCCGACCGCGCCCCGCAUGACGGGCAGUUUGGUGUCCGAUCGCAGCCACGACGACAUCGUGACCCGGAUGAAGAAUAUCGAGUGUAUCGAGUUAGGCCGACACAGACUGAAGCCCUGGUACUUCUCACCGUACCCGCAGGAACUCACCACACUGCCCAUCCUCUACCUCUGUGAAUUCUGUCUGAAAUACGUCAAAAGCCUCAAGUGUCUUCAGAGGCAUUUGACCAAAUGUAAUUUAAGACAUCCUCCUGGCAACGAGAUCUAUCGCAAAGGCACCAUCUCAUUCUUUGAGAUCGACGGCAGGAAAAACAAAAAUUAUUCCCAGAACCUGUGUUUACUUGCAAAGUGUUUCCUGGACCACAAGACGUUGUAUUAUGACACAGACCCUUUCCUCUUUUACGUCAUGACGGAGUACGAUUCCAAAGGCUUCCACAUAGUGGGCUACUUCUCUAAGGAAAAAGAGUCGACUGAAGAUUAUAACGUCGCCUGCAUCCUGACUCUGCCUCCGUAUCAGCGCAGAGGUUAUGGGAAGCUGCUCAUUGAGUUCAGUUACGAGCUGUCGAAGGUGGAGGGGAAGACGGGCACCCCGGAGAAGCCGCUGUCGGAUCUCGGUCUGUUGUCUUAUCGCUCCUACUGGUCGCAGACAAUCCUGGAAAUUCUCAUGGACCUUAAACCUGAAAAUGGAGAAAGGCCACAGAUUACUAUCAAUGAGAUUAGUGAAAUUACGAGCGUAAAGAAGGAAGAUGUGAUUUCAACGCUUCAGUAUCUCAACUUAAUCAACUAUUACAAGGGUCAGUACAUCCUCACUCUGUCAGAGGACAUCGUGGACGGACACGAGAAAGCGAUGCAGAAGAGGCACCUGCGAAUCGACCCCAAGGGUCUUCACUUCACUCCAAAGGACUGGAGCAAAAGGGGGAAGUGGUGAAGUCCUGGUCCGGUCAGUCCUCAGAGGCCGGAUCAGAUGAAGACGGACCCAGUGCUUCGAGCACGGAGCU